UGUUCUGACAUUUAAUUUAUAAACAAAAUACAACACAAAAAUACAAAUAAUUAGUUUUAAGCAGAAACUAAAACUGAAAAAAAGUUAUUUGUUAUUAAUUUAAGACCACACCCAGUGCAAUCCGUGUUUUAAACUUUUUCAGUGCCAAAAGUGCUGCCGUUCUACAUUCUCGGACGGUGCACAAAAUUGAUUAGAAAAAAAGAAAGUACUCAGGCCCAGCCAGGCGAAAAUCUACCGCAGUCACGGCCUUGGGUGGACGGGAACGCAAGCUAGUUGACGCCAACGCACUGCCCCGCCCGCUUCGCACGCCCUCGCCCAGUCCUGAAUCGAAGUUAGUAGGUCAGUGUCGCGCCACGGCUGCAGAAGGCUCAAGGACAAUCCAGGAAGCAAGCCUGUACGCACACAACGAGGACGGCCAGAGCCAGGACAGCCACAAACAUACCAUCGGCUAUGAGACGCGUCCAUGGCUAACGAACGCAAGCAGUCAAGUCCCAAAGUGGAGUUGAUCAAACUGAGCCACGAGCUCAUCGAAGAGUGCAAACGCAGCCUCGAGUACUCCAUAUUGUCCCGUCACCUGCGGCACGAGCUAGAAAAGCUUUCACGCGACUCCCGUCGCGAGGUGGUGAGGAGACAGCGCAAUGGAUGCGCACCCCUGUUCAUUGCCAGCAGGCGAGGUGCUGUGGUCAUUGCCGAAUAUCUGAUAAGCAAGUGUGAGGCGGACAUCGAGCAGCGGGGCCAUUACGAGGUGCUCGAGGACAACAGCUUCCACUAUGUCUCUCCGUUGUGGGCGGCCGUCGUCUCCAACAGACUGUCGAUGGUCAAGUAUCUGGUGGACAUAGGCUCCGAUAUAAACGCCCCCUCCGACUCGGGCUCGACACCUGUACGGAGUGCAUGCUACAUGACGCAUACAGAAAUUGUCAAGUUUCUGGUGGAGAAUGGGGCCGACAUCAAGAGGCCAAAUGUGAAUGGCGGCACCUGUCUCAUCAAUUCCGUGCAAUCUGUCCAGCUCUGUUUGUAUUUGGUGCGCAAGGGUGCCGACAUCAAUGCGCGGGACAUACAGGACAAGACGGCGUUACACUAUGCCAUUCAGGAGCAUCGACUGGAUACCACCAAAAUGUUGAUAACGCAGGGGGCCGAUCCCUUUGCGACGAGUCGCUAUGGGGACGAUGCCUUGCGCACCGCCUGUCUCAAGGGAGCGCAUCAGAUAUUCGACUAUCUGAAAAAGGAAUUGAACUAUCCAUCUUUGCGACUGGCGGAGGCGCACGAACUGAUGGGCUCGACCUUUCUCGACGAGCACAACGAGUCGCGUGUAUGCAUACUGCACUGGCGCAUGGCCCACCAUAUACGGGCCGCCUGCACGCCGUAUAUUGAGAAGAAUCCCGCCGUCCCGUUGCGCAGUGCGUACAACAAUGCGGUGGAGUUUACCACACUGGAGGAGCUGGACAACAUUGCCACCGACAUGGAUGCGAUGCGCAUUCAGAGUCUGUUGAUCUGCGAGCGUAUCCUGGGCCUGACCCACAAGGAUAUGCUGUUCCGAUUGACCUUCAGGGGAGCCUCGUAUGCGGACUCCUUGCAGUUCCAGCGCUGCGUUGAUCUCUGGCGCUUUCUGCUCGAGGUGCGCGUGUCCAACUGGUCAAUUUUGCAUUUCGAGACCUGCUUUGCCGCACAGGCGCUGGUCCGCCUUCUGCUUGACCUGCAUGUGCAAAACGUCAGCAACAUACGCACUGAAGCACGGGCACGUUUCGUUCAGGACGACAAGGUUCUACCCAGGUUCGAGGAUGUGCUGGGCGUCUUUCGCACGCUAGCGGAGAGCGCUGUCCUUGUGAAGGCCUUGCUGAAGCAGCGACCAGUGUUUCGCAGGCAGCAGGAGAACUACGAUCGAGUGAUGCGCUGUCUGGCCCAUCUCAUCUACUUGCUGAUCAAUACCGUCCCAACAGAGCCACAGAACAAGCUGAUCUAUCAGGCCAUUCACGAAACGGUUGUCGUUGGCAAUUUGAGUAGUGCCAGCACCGCGGACACCCUGCUCCACCUGUGCGCCUCGCGUUUGAAUGUGAUCAAAAGCGGCUAUAUAACCGACGAUAACUUUGCCGAUAAGACUGUGUUUCCCAAUGCGGAUGUUAUCAAACUGCUAAUCGAGUGCGGCGUUGAUGUGAACAUCAAAAACGAAGCCAAAUCUACCCCCCUGCAUGUGGCAUGCCAGCCGUACAACUUCAACAAUGACAUUGUUAACUUGUUGCUCAAGUACGGAGCGGACAUCGAUCAGCCGAACCGUGCCGACAAGCGGCCUUACGACUUAAUUGCCUCCAAUCCCACCAGCACCAUUCCGCUGCUCAACUUUGUGACCCUGCAGUGCCUGGCAGCAACGGCCAUUAGUAAGCAUAAGAUACCCUAUCAGGGUCAGUUGCACCGACAGCUGGAACAGUUUGUGCGCAAUCACGAACCAUAAUCAGAUCAGAUCUGAACUGAUCGAAUCGGAUCGGAUCGUAUCGUCUUUGGCAAGCAAUUGUCAAGUUUUCAAGUCAAAAUUUUUGUAGGUUCCAGUUCUCCGGUUCGUCCCCCUCCCCACAUUAUAUCCUCUUCGGAUUGUCCAAAUUUCACCAGUGUGUCCGUAAUCUUUGUCUCACUCUAAAUUAAAUAUUUACAAAUAUAUCUACUGUUAAAUCGGCUUAAUGUAGAUUUAAACAAAAAAAAAACUCUAAACUCUAAAAAAAAACAAAAAAAACACCAACAAGCAACCAAGAAAUACACCAACCACAUAAAAUGUAUAAACGAAGAAGCAGUGUUUAAACGAUAAAAGUGAUAUAUAUAUAUACAUAUACAUACAUACAUA